GGCUCAUCUUGAAUUUUGAUAACUCGGGGGUGUCGGGGAGCGUCGUGGUGGACAAGCGCCUUACAAUGUCUUUCACUUCUCAGAACUCUGGAAUGCUCUCAAGAGACCAGCUGCUUCAUCUCUUCAACCGCUUCUCCUUCCUCACUUCUCAGCCUGAUGUGAAGAAACGGAUUGCGGACGCUGUGGAGGAUAAACAGGAAGCUGUUGCUGUAACCACUGCAAUUCAAGAAGAGAUCUUUUCGGAGAUGGGAAUUGAUCCAAGGUUUGGUAUAGCUUGCCUGGGGAAAGUCAAUAUGGUUUAUGAGAAUGAUCAGGAUUUGAUGCUUCGCUUUUAUAAAUUUGUUGCAAAGGAGGAGGUGGCAUGUGAAGAAGCCGAACUUGGACCAGAUGAAUUUGCUGAAAGAAUACAUGCUCAACACAAGCUACAGGAACAGCAACUAGAGAUGCUAAAGCACAUGCGCAAAUUUCACCUGGAUGAUCAAUCUGUAAUCCUUGAAAAGUUGCGUCAGCAGAUGGAAAAAGCCAAUUUUGAGAGUGAACCAUCAAUUUUGUCAUCGGAACAGAUUCAGGAGAUUGUUCGAAGGAGCGUAUCACCUUUGUUUAUGCCAAGGUAGAAUGGGUUCACUUGAUUUCUUUGUUUUCAAUUCUAGCUAGCUCUAUCUAAUCUUUUCCCCCAUGACGUAGUGGUAGUUUACUGUAGUCAUUGCUUGUCAUAUGUGAACUAAAAUCUAAAUGUAUACUCUUCCAUGAUUUGGAAGAGAGAAACCCAUCCGAUAUGUUGGUUGGUACAUUAAAGCUGCUAGAGGCUGUACUUUUAGUGAGAUGUUGGCUUUUAGCCAGUUUUCCUUUCGGUUUCUUCUGUUGAUCCAAAGGGGAAUAGGGAAUUCAUGGAAAUAUAUACAUACCGCAGCCAUCAGGUUUAGAAGCAGGUAGCGCAACAUCAAGAAAUAUGACAAUGCUUUGCAGAGGAGUUGCAGAAGAUAGGGAAAUUUGAGGGAAAGUUUUCUGAAAAAAUGAAAGAACUGUCUAAAGGAGGUAGACAUUAAUUUUUUUCUUGGGCUCUUUUGGAAAAUUUCCAGAGGAACCCCUCCCUGGUAUCUGGAAUGAAUCACAAGCUAUAAUUGUUUCUUAUAUGAAUUAUGUGAAAAGAAGAGCUACGCUCCAAUAUUUUCCAAA